ACUAGUCACCCAAACCCUGACUGUCAGCUGAGGAACGGCUUCCUGGUAACUCCUGUGCCCCGCGCUCUCCCAGACCAGUGCCAGUCUGAGGGCUCCCAAGACGCCGCUGUCCCCGCCUGGCCAGCCCUGACCUGUCCCCAUGCUGGAAACCGCAGAGCUGUGCUUCAACGUGGACCAUGGUUACCUGGAGGGCCUGGCCCGAGGCUGCAAGGCUGGCCUCCUGACCCCGCAGGACUACGCCAACCUGGUCCAGUGCGAGACCCUGGAGGAUCUGAAAGUUCAUCUGCAGACCACUGAUUAUGGCAACUUUUUGGCGAAUCAAACAAACCCUCUCACCGUUUACAAAAUCGACAUGGAGAUGAGGAAGAAGCUGUGCAGAGAGUUUGAGUACUUCCGGAACCAUUCGCUGGAGCCCCUGAGCACAUUUCUCACCUACAUGACGUGCGGCUACAUGAUCGACAACGUGGUUCUGCUGAUGGUGGGCGCGCUGCAGGGCAAGUCCGUGAAGGAGAUGCUGGGGAAGUGCCACCCGCUGGGCCGCUUCACCGAGAUGGAGGCGGUCAGCGUGGCCGAGACCCCGUCCGACCUGUUCAGCGCCGUCCUGGUGGAGACGCCCCUAGCUCCAUUCUUUCAAGACUGCAUGUCUGAAAAUACACUCGAUGAACUGAAUAUUGAAAUACUGCGCAAUAAACUGCACAAGUCUUACCUGGAAGCAUUCUACAAAUUCUGUAAGAAUCACGGAGAUGUCACAGCAGAAGUUAUGUGUCCUAUUCUCGAGUUUGAGGCCGACAGGCGUGCGUUUAUCAUCACUCUGAACUCCUUCGGCACGGAACUGAGCAAAGGUGACCGGGAGGCCCUCUACCCGACCUGUGGCAAGCUGUACCCCGAGGGGCUGCGCCUGCUGGCCCAGGCGGAGGACUUCGAGCAGAUGAAGAGGGUAGCGGACCACUACGGGGUGUACAAGCCCUUGUUCGAGGCUGUGGGCGACGGCAGUGGGGGGAAGUCGCUGGAGGACGUGUUUUAUGAGCAUGAGGUGAGCAUGAACGUGCGGGCCUUCAGCAGGCAGUUCCACUGCGGCGUGUUCUACGCCUACACCAAGCUGCGGGAGCAGGAGAUCAGGAACAUCGUGUGGAUCGCAGAGUGCAUCUCCCAGCGGCACCGCGCGAAAAUCCACAGCUACGUCCCGAUUCUGUAGCCCAGCGGGCCGGGCCGGAGACCACGACUGGGAGAGGAAACCACCGAGCAAAUGAAAGCGCUUGUGUUGGAUGAUCGAGGCCACACCAGCGGAAGCCACCGGCCUCCAUGAAUGGCAGACCCCACACACACAUGGUGAACCACCCCGGAAACACAGCUCCCUUUCCCCCCGCCCUCACGUCUUGUUUGCACAUUGCUGUCUCACUCUUCCGGGGCCUUAGGCAUUAGUGUUCAUUAAACUGUGGCACGUUCCCUACUUUUAUUUUGUGUUCAAAAUCAAAUGUGCCCUAUCCGGUGUUGCUCAGUGGUUAGAACACCAGCCAUGCACUGAAGCGUUGCAGGUUCUACUCCUGAUCAAGGGCAGGUUCAGUCCCCGCUCCCGUCAGGGUCUUGCGGGAGGCAACCAGUCGAUGUUUCUCUUGCACAUCAAUGUUUCUCUUGCUUCCUC